UACCUAAUUCGCACGAACGACCUCCAGUACUAGUGAUACAAUGGACAAGAGCGGAGCUGUUUCUAUUUCAAACCGUAAUUCGGCUCAACGAAAAUUUUUCCAAUGGGUAGGGCAGUGGUUUUAUACUGGACAAGCGGAAGAUAUCUGUAUCAAACCUGAUGCCCCUGAACUGGCAUGCUUCCUUCAGGCAAUUGGCUUUCGGUUGCGAGAAUUUGAAAGGCAGGAGGAUAAUAAUGGCAAUAAUGGAACUAAAAAUGAUACCCUGAAAAUAAUUAUAGAAUGCGGCUCUUCAAAAAUGAGAGCCGUGAUGGAGCUAGAAGAUGUUCGUUGUCAGUGCCCAAACCAGGAUGAUGCGAAAGACGCUUCGUUCUGGAGCGUGAGUGGCACUGCCCCUUUGGGGAGCAUGGAGAACAUGAGCAAAGUUUUAGAAACUGGUAGCAACCUUUUACCACCAAUUAAUAAAGGUGUCACAAAUGUCAUUCGGGAUGUUACGCACCACCUUUUCAAGCUGAUAAAAAAUAUUCCAGACCCCAAUCAGAAUGCAGAUUCAAAUGCAUCGGCUAGAGAAUGCUCGUUAAAACCUCCAUCUAAUGCAGCGGGCAUUCCAUUUAUGCGUCGACAUACUGAGUCCGAUUUUAAUUCAGCAAGAUGUCGAUCCUUAGAUACACUCACUAAAAGCAAUGAAGCGGAGAAUGACGAGGUUUCGAAAGCCUCUUUGCUUUCUCCUAGAAACCGUUCUUGCAGUGUUUCACUGCAUAAGCCACAAGAAACUUCAAAUAAUAAGCUGAUUCUAAAGGAAGAUAUAGGUAACAUUAAUUUGGUUAUCUCGACUGCUGCGGUUUCCCCGCCAUGUAUCGCUCCUCUUCAACGCCAGAAGACUUUUGAUAUGGACAUUGAGUGCUCAAGCAUAGAGGGCGAGCCUCGUCCAUCUCCACCAAAAAUUUCAAGCUCUCCAGUUCCGAUGCCUCAGCUUUGUAUGUCACUGGGACAAAUAUCACUGCAGAGUGAGGGUAGAGAUCUGCCUUUUAUAGACUUUUUAUUUAAAGCCAAAGCUAAUCUGGAACAUGCUUUGCUGAUGCUGAGUAAUAGUCCGCAUGGCUCAAAUGCAAACUUGGAUGAUAUUUUCCUGAAACCGGAUCCACCUAAGAACUCCCUCAAAAUUAGUCCUGGAAAUAAUUCACGACCUGGAUCUAGCUGCUCUCUGCCCAUUCAGCCUGCAUCUAGGAAUGUAGAUCCACACAGAUCAUCCGUACGAAGAAAUGUUGCAACAUCUUUCCGAAAAAGUUUUGACGGAACAAAAUUACCAACUGAUAACAAAUCUACUCCAACUAGUCGAACUUUGCUGCAAAGAAGGAGUUUCGGGGGGCGACUUCCCUCACCCAAACCAGUUAAGGAAAAAGUCGAUACUCCAAGACCUGGAACCAGCGGGAUAAAGUCUGAUCCUUUAAGAUCUAGAACGAUUGUAACAGUAAAGCGAAGAGUUUCACCCAUUCCAAAAACCAGCUCCUCUGAAUUUUCAAGGCACAAUGCUUCUCUGAAUACAUCGGGUCUAAAAACUUUGGCAGUUACUAAUAAGCUAGAAUCGAACAUUGCUUCGCCAAAAACUUUGCCUGGAAGUACUGCAAACAAAUUCGGAUUCAUCAAGAAGAAAGCUUAAUGCUUUGGGUACAAAAUAUUGAAGCAUAUGUGUGUAUUUUAAAUUAUUUAAUAUUAAACUGUGGUAGAAAUUUGCUUUGCUACCUACAUGUCUCCUCCUUAAAUUUUAUAAGUGUUUGGUGAUUCUUUUAAUAGUUUAGACACGUCUAACUCAAUGUUUACACAUGAUUGUACAUAUUUUUGAAAGUGUUAUUAUUCGUACUUUUUAUUUUCCAUAUUAUUUGAUACGUAUUCUACACGCAUGAAGACUGAACUUGGAUUAUAUAAAUUAUAUCUCUACUGAUAAACGUAUUUUUCGAAAAUCACUUGCAUGUGAUAAAUUCCGUAUAAAUAAGCUUGUGACUAAAAUCUCACAUUUUUCUUGUAUCUUUCAGCAAUUAACCCGAUUCCUGACUAAUUUAGUAUUGAAAUUGGUAAGAAUAUUUUAUCGCAAAUAGUUAAUUGAUUGUUGCAUAAGCUUUCAUCAUUUAUCACAAACAGAUUCAUUGUAAAAUUGUUGUAUACAAGUUAAGUAGGAUUUGGAAUAAAGAGGAUGGUCAAACUCACCUAACCUCACUUGAACCUAAUUAUGGUUUUUCACAAUAACUGUAUUGAUGAAAACACAAUGAGACAAUAAAUUAUGAGUGACUUUAUCAUUAUACGUA